AUGCUGAGCUCUAGCUUGACUACUGUGAAGAAUCCUCCUCUGAAGAAGAGACUCUGUUUUCUGCUGAAACUCAUGUGCUUUGUCAGCUCAGUGUUAAUAUUUUGCGAGUUUUUAAUUUAUUAUGUGGUAAUUUUUCAAUGCCAAUGGCCAGAAGUAAAAGGUGGAGCUCAUAUGGGUGAAGAAGAGACUUCAACUUCAGUCCUAAAGACCAUGAUUUUAGCUGAUACCCAUCUACUUGGUGAAAUCAGAGGACAUUGGUUGGAUAAGCUAAGAAGAGAAUGGCAAAUGGAGAGGUCUUUCCAAACUGCCUUGUGGUUACUGCAGCCAGAUAUUGUUUUUAUUCUGGGAGAUGCCUUUGAUGAAGGAAAAUGGAGCUCACCUCAGGCAUGGGCAGAUGAUGUCAGGAGGUUUCGGAAAAUGUUUAGGUGUCCAGCUUCUACUGAGCUAGUGGUGAUUGUUGGGAAUCAUGACGUUGGAUUUCAUUAUGAAAUGACUACUUACAAGGUAAAUCGAUUUGAAAAGGUUUUCAACUUCACUUCAGGGAAGCUAAUAACUCGGAAAGGAAUAAACUUUGUCCUAGUGAACAGUGUAGCCAUGGAGGGUGAUGGCUGUGCUGUCUGCAGUACCUCAGAGGCAAAGCUUGUGGCACUUUCUCACAAACUGAACUGUUCCCAGCAGAAACCAAGUAAUUCCAACAAAAGAUGCAGUGGUGUGGAAAAGCUUCCAGCUUCGGAACCCAUCCUUUUACAGCAUUACCCUCUCUAUCGAAAAAGUGAUGCUGAAUGCAGCGGAGAAGAUUCUGCUCCUCCAGAGGAGAAGAACAUGCCCUUCAAAGAGAAGUAUGAUGUGCUGUCUCAAGAGGCAUCACAAAAGCUGCUGUGGUGGUUUCAGCCCCGUUUGAUUCUCAGUGGGCACACACACAGUGCGUGUGAAGUGCUGCACGCGGGGAGGGUUCCAGAAAUCAGCGUCCCGUCGUUCAGUUGGAGGAAUAGAAACAAUCCUAGUUUCAUCAUGGGCAGCAUAACACCAACUGACUUCUCCCUCCAAAAAUGCUUCCUUCCGUAUGAGAGCAGAGUCUUUACUAUAUACUGUGCAGCAGGUGCUCUGCUUGUGAUCCUGAUACUAGCUCAUGUUCAGCUUCUCACUCCACCGUUUUAUUUUGCUCAGCGUUUAAUCAGUAAGCAUAAAGCAGUAUGAAGAGCCAGACAUCUGCAUUCAGUCACUGAAAUACCAAAGCUGAGAACAGUCAAACAUCAGACUAUAUUCAUGCCAGCAAAUGACCUAAUUUGAUUGCUAGUCUGAAGGCAGGUUGCAUUUACACAUACCAUAGAAGUCCUAUACAGCUGAUAUGACUACUACAGGAUAAAUAAUUAACUGAAAUGAACGUUUCAUGCUGUACAAAAAUACUGUAUUCGACAAUCAAAUGAGUCCUUUUCCUGCUAUAAUUUUUGUAUCAAAUUUGUAUAUUAAAAGUGUAACUGUACAUUAUGUAAA